AGAUUAUAUAGUACUUAAUUAAGGCAAUCUCUAAAGUUCUUAACAACCCUUUUUCCUUAUUUAGGUAAAUUUCUGUUUACUUAUCUAGUUGAAUAUUCAUUUACUGAUUUUUGUAAAAUGGCCUGUAAAAUAAAAUUAUGUUGGAGUUCUUGGAACACAUGUCUGUCUAGGAGCAUCUUGUGCUGUCCAUCUCUGUUCAUGCGUCAUCCCUUAACUCAUUGUUCCUAAUCAUAGACAAUUAGAGUUAGAAGGUAACUUAGCAAACUUUACAAAUAAAGAAAUGGAGUACUUAGACAACACUGUAGUAAAACUGCAUAUAUUUGAAUGUUACUAACAAAAGGAAGAUGAUCAAGGUAAGUUGUAAUAUAUCAUUGGUGGGAUAUGUAUUUCUGUCCUGUUCUCAGUAUCACUGUGUGCUGUAGAUAGAAGAUAAAACACAGGGAUACCUGUGUUCCAGGAAAAGGCAAUAGAAUGUGCAGAACAUGGCAAAUAGAACAGGGAGUAAUCUGUUGUGAGUAGGGAGUUCCUGACUUCAGAAUAAUGUUUUUAGAUUCAGGAGAGAGGUUUUAUAUUUGGCUCCCAUACAGCACACUCUCAUGGGAAAUGUCUGUUCUAAGGUCAACCCAUAAUGCAAAAAUCAUCAAUAUACUUGAAGAUCCCCGUGUAAGGUACAAUGUAUUUAAUAUUAUCACUGAUACAAUUGAUCCAAUACCAGUUUUAGUCUGGCAUUGAAUCAAAUCACUGUUUUUGUUGUAUAAAAAGAGAAGUAUUUAGCUUAUAUUUAAGUACCAUAUUGUAAGAAAAAAGAUGCUUAUCUUUACAUGCUAAAAUCAUGAUCUGUACAUUGGUGCAGUGAAUAUUACUGUAAAAGGGAAGAAGGAAUGAAGACGAGCUAAGGAAACUGUAGGUGCACUUCUCUGAGGUCAUGUUACGACGUGACAUUCACCCACAUGCAGGGAUUGAUAGAGUGAAUUGCCUGUUAAAUGAUCUCCAGGCACAUAUAGUUGAAUAGCAAAAUUAUAUGUGCAUUAAUAUAGCCUCACUGAACUUAGUAGCUUUGUGACCUUAAAUUAUCCCUGAUCUUAAUUUCCUGCUGUGCUAAAUAGGCAUGGAACCUAAUUAACAGAAUUAAGUUUAUUUGGUAACGUGGAGAAAGCACUUAGAAUAAUCCUUACCAAACUCAUUCUUUUUCUUUCCAGGUUUCUGAUUCAGAGACAAAUAAUUUGUGUUUUCACAUUACCCUUUCGUACCAGAAAAGAAUUACCUGCUGUUUAGGAAAUGCCUCUUUAUUUUGAUUUUCUUAGAAAUUAUCAAGUUCUGAAAUUAUGAUUUUUGCUAUUAUUUGAAAAUCCAAUGAGUUAUGCCAGACACACGUACAAAAGGGAGGGUCUUAACCUAGUAGUUUAUUAUUUGGGUUGUUUCUACUUCUUGGCUAUUACGAAUAAUGUUGCUUUGAAAAUUCACAUACAGGUUUUCAGGCAGAUACAUGUUUUCAGUUAUCUGGGAUAUAUCCCUAGGAGUAGAAUGACUAGAUCAUAUGGUAACUCAGUGUUUAACAUAUUGAGAAACUGCCAGACUGCUUCCUAUAAUGGCUGCUCUGUUUUACAUUUGUACCAGCAGUGUGUGAAGAUUGUAGUUUCUGUAUGUACUUGCCACACUUGAUAUUACCUAUCUUUCUGAUAAUAGUCAUCCAAGUGGAUGCAAAGUAGUAUUUUUGUUUUAAUUUUCUGUAUUUACUUCAUUUUAUUUAAUUUCAUUUCAAAGUGGUAUUUUGUGUUUUGAUUUGUAUUUCCCUCAUGACGAAUGAUGUGGACGAUCUUUUCAUGUGCUUGGUGGCCAUUUGUAUAUCUUCUUUGGGAAAAUGUUCGUUCGGAUCAUUUGCCAAUUUUUUUUUUUUUUUUUUUUGAGAUGGAGCCUCGCUUUGUCGCCCAGGCUGGAGUGCAGUGGCGUGAUCUUGUCUCACUGCAACCUCCGCCUCCCAAGUUCAAGUGAUUCUCUUGCCUCAGCCUCCCAACAUCCUGAGGUUAGCAUUACACUUCUCCCAGUGGAGCCCAUGACUUCUGAUCAGGACGCUAAGGUUGUGGCUGAACCGCAGACGCAGAGAGUCCAGGAGGGCAAGGACAGCGCUCAUCUGAUGAAUGGUCCUAUAUCUCAAACCACUUCUCAGACAAGUUCCAUCCCACCUUUGAGUCAGGUACCAGCAACUAAGGUUUCAGAGCUGAACCCUAAUGCAGAAGUGUGGGGGGCUCCUGUGUUACAUCUGGAAGCAAGCAGUGCUGCUGACGGUGUGAGUGCUGCAUGGGAGGAGGUGGCUGGCCACCACGCAGACCGUGGCCCGCAGGGAUCGGAUGCCAAUGGUGUUGGUGACCAGGGCCAUGAGAAUGCCGCAUUGCCAGACCCGCAGGAGUCGGACCCAGCAGACAUGAACGCUCUCGCUCUGGGUCCCUCAGAAUAUGACUCUCUGCCUGAAAAUAGUGAGACAGGAGGAAAUGAGUCUCAACCAGACAGCCAGGAAGACCCCCGAGAAGUACUUAAAAAAACAUUGGAAUUCUGCUUAUCUAGGGAGAACCUUGCUAGUGACAUGUAUCUUAUAUCACAGAUGGAUAGUGACCAGUAUGUGCCAAUCACAACGGUGGCUAACCUCGACCACAUCAAGAAGCUCAGCACUGAUGUGGACUUGAUUGUGGAAGUGCUAAGAUCUUUACCUUUAGUCCAAGUGGAUGAAAAGGGAGAAAAAGUAAGGCCAAAUCAAAAUCGCUGUAUAGUAAUAUUGCGUGAAAUAUCUGAAUCUACCCCCGUGGAAGAAGUAGAAGCACUAUUUAAAGGAGAUAAUUUACCGAAAUUUAUAAACUGUGAAUUUGCAUAUAAUGAUAAUUGGUUUAUUACAUUUGAAACAGAAGCUGAUGCACAACAGGCUUACAAAUACCUUCGAGAAGAAGUCAAAACUUUUCAAGGAAAACCAAUUAAGGCACGGAUAAAAGCAAAGGCAAUAGCUAUAAACACAUUUUUGCCAAAGAAUGGAUUUAGACCCCUGGACGUGAGCCUGUAUGCCCAGCAGCGCUACGCGACGUCGUUCUACUUCCCUCCCAUGUACAGCCCCCAGCAGCAGUUCCCCCUGUACAGCCUGAUCACUCCCCAGACGUGGUCAGCAACGCACAGCUAUCUUGACCCACCCUUGGUAACUCCAUUUCCAAAUACUGGAUUUAUAAAUGGGUUUACGUCUCCAACGUUCAAGCCUGCGGCGUCUCCUCUGACUUCUCUCAGACAGUAUCCUCCUCGAAGCAGGAAUCCUAGUAAAUCUCAUCUGCGGCAUGCGAUUCCUAGUGCAGAGAGGGGACCUGGGUUAUUAGAAAGUCCUUCAAUAUUUAACUUCACUGCAGAUCGAUUAAUUAAUGGUGUCCGGAGUCCACAAACAAGGCAAGCAGGUCAAACUAGAACACGGAUUCAAAACCCUUCAGCAUAUGCCAAGAGAGAGGCUGGGCCUGGGCGUGUGGAGCCAGGCAGUCUCGAAUCCUCUCCUGGUUUAGGGAGGGGAAGGAAGAAUUCCUUUGGCUACCGGAAGAAAAGGGAGGAGAAGUUUACAAGCAGCCAGACACAGUCUCCAACGCCACCAAAGCCUCCGUCGCCAAGCUUCGAGCUGGGGCUUUCCAGCUUCCCUCCAUUACCUGGAGCUGCCGGCAAUUUGAAGACAGAGGACUUGUUUGAAAACAGGCUAUCUAGCUUGAUAAUAGGACCAUCCAAAGAAAGGACCCUCAGUGCAGACGCAAGCGUGAACACCCUUCCUGUAGUGGUCUCCAGAGAGCCCUCGGUGCCAGCUUCUUGUGCUGUAUCAGCAACGUACGAGCGAUCCCCCUCCCCAGCUCAUUUACCCGAUGAUCCCAAGGUGGCGGAGAAACAGAAGGAAACCCACAGUGUGGACAGACUUCCUCCCGCCCUCACUGCGACCGCAUGUAAAUCGGUGCAGGUGAACGGAGCCGCCACGGUACGUACCUCGUGCCUGCCUUCCUGCACGACAGCCGCGAGGCUCUGGUGUGAACAGACGCUGCGCACUCCUGCACCUGCUCGUUUUUUAAUCACAUCUAAUUUGAGACACCAUUUCACACAGGUAACCCAGGAUUGUCUGUUUCCAGGAAUUGCGAAAGCCCAGCUACGCAGAGAUUUGUCAGAGAACGAGUAAAGAGCCUCCUUCUUCCCCAUUGCAACCCCAAAAAGAACAAAAGCCAAACACUGUUGGUUGUGGGAAGGAGGAAAAGAAGCUGGCAGAGCCCGCAGAGAGAUACCGGGAGCCCCCAGCCCUCAAGUCCACACCUGGAGCCCCCAGAGACCAGAGGCGGCCGGCGGGGGGCCGGCCCUCGCCCUUGGCCAUGGGGAAGCGUCUCAGCCGAGAGCAGAGCACUCCCCCCAAGUCUCCUCAGUGAAAACCGUACGUCUGGGAGGGGUCGCAGAGCGCUGUGUUAACCACAAACGAGACACUCUUCCCACUCAGUGCGAGGGCGAGCCGCUGGUUAGGAGCUUGCAGUGUCUGAGGCCUGUGGGAUCCUCAAGUUGGUUUUCUUCUGUGAGUUGGAUUCUCCCCCUCUUGAAAAAAAAUCGAUUUUUCAGGAUUUAAUUAAUACAAACCUUAUUUUAGGUUGGUGCUUAACUGGAGGUGAUGCAUAAGUCUGAUUUUCUUUUCCAAGAUAGAAAAAGCAUUUAUCCUAACAAAUUGGUAUUUUUUAUUAAGCCUCCAUGUGGCUCUGAAUGCAAGCUAUAUAUAGUGAGUUUUUCUAAAUUAAGGGAACUCUGCUUUUUUUUUUUUUUUUUUUUAAGUAACUGGUCUGUAAGUGCAUAUCUCUAGAAUGUCCCCGCAGACGAAUGAGGGCCAGUGGCCUUGGCAGAGGCAGGUGUGGCCUCGUAGAGGCAGUGCUGGCCGCGCCAGGGCAUCAGUGCUGAUGUGGGAGCUGUGCUUCCACCUAAGCCGUUGGUAGGGGACUGUGGCAUUUAAGAAUGUAGAGAGCGCAUCCUUUUUGAUCUCCUGGGCAGAGUGAACCUGCAGGGGCCACCCCAGAAACCUUGGUUCUGAUGCACUGCAAGCAAGUAACCAGCUUCUCACUCCAGUUUCAAGUGGCUAUUAUGUAAUAUAAAUUCAAAGCACAUUGUGAAUAGAACCUACAUGAAAACAUACACUUUGUUGCCCACUGACAUGUUACCAGAAGUUGUACCAUGAUGUUGUUUUGACCCCUGUGAGCUGAUGGCCCCGGCCCUGCUCUGUGCACAUUUCUGUCCGUGGUCCCCAGCACUCUGGUUGGAGAGAGUCCACAUCUUCAGCUCCGUGUGGACAUCUCCCUGUACCUCUGCAUCAGCACAUGGAUUUAAGAGUUAUGUAAUCGUGAGAGAACGGUGUUUGUGGUUUUUCCCCCUCUUUGGCUGGUGGAGGAUAAAGUUCCUGCUCUUUUACCUCCAAGACGAGGGCCUCAUUGAUUCACUUCCAGAAGUGCUGCACUUCUGAAGAACAAGGAUGCACUAAAGUUAGCAAGUUUAUAAUAAAGUUAAAUAUAAAUUAUUUUGUUUUAAAAUGCCUCAAAUUUUUCUUUAUUCUAAGCAGCAAACAUUAAAAUAAGAAUAUUUCCUGCUAAAUGUAACCAUACACUUUAUUCCACAAAAUGUUAUUUAACAAGACUGAGGGUUUUUUUUAAGAAAAAAUUAUUUCCAUCCAAUAUUUAAAGACUUGAAUUUUAUUUAAACUUGAAAAUGACUUUGCCUUAACUUUUGUAUAAGACAGCUUAGAGUCCAUGGAGCCCGGCCCUGGGUUGGCGUGAGUGGGUCAGAGUUACUCAGUUACUGCGUGGAUCUCCUGUCGCUAGUUUUACUGAGUAAGCAUACUGUAGUACAAGAGCUAGCAGUAGUUUUUGUAAUAUACCUUAAAGAUCUUCAACAGUUGAUCUUUUUUCAGAAUGUUGGAAAAUCCUGUAAAUGCAAAUAGUCAAUACUGUAUUAAAUACGUGCACUUGGAGUGUGCUUCGCUUGUACAGUUGUAAAUAAUCAGAACAUAUGAAAAAGGUACCCUACAGAGAAAAUUCUGAUACAGAUUAUUGAUAUAUUAUAAAUGUUGCUGUUGAGCAGGAUGUAGAUAAACUAAAUGUUGUGGUUUGAAUAUUA